CCUGACUCAGAGAGGGUUUAUAGAAUUUAGGAUGGAUAUGGAGGAGCUCUCACAGACAGAGGCAGAGAUAAAGCUUAUUGAAGCUGAAAAUGCAGCCAUUAAAGCAACAAUGGAAGCUGAAAAUGCAGCCAUGAAAGCAACAAUGGAAGCUGAAGAUGCAGCCAUGAAAGCUGAAAAUGCAGCCAUUAAAGCAACAUUGGAAGCAAUAAGAGAGCAGUUAUCCAUAUUUGACAGCUUGAUUUUAUACCCAACUUAUCAGAAGAAAUUAGAUUGUUAUGGUGGAGCUGAAAAAGACAUGGUGGAGUUAGCCAUGAAGGCCAACUUCUUCAAAACCUCCCAUGAAAUAAGAAAAAGGAUCAGAACAGAUAUGAAGGACAGACACUCAAAAAGACAUUGUAAUGACUAGUCUUUACUAGUUUACUCUUUCUUGUUUAGAUUGUAUUUUUGUUUGCAUCAACAUUUCAGAUCACAUUCUGUAAUUCUCUAUAGAAUAAUUCAUUAGCGAAAGAUUAUCUCUCCAAUUCAAACUCUUACUCAAGUACAAUACCCUGUUUCCCAUCAGUGAUAUGUAAACUGUUUACUUUGAUGGGCAUUUCUUUAAAACCACAGAGUGGAGAAGUUUUUCCAUAUUUGAAUGAGAUCCAUGUAAACUGUUUACUUUGAUGGGCAUUUCUUUAAAACCAGAGAGUGGAGAAGUUUUUCCAUAUUUGAAUGAGAUCCAGUCAUAUUGUCUGUAUGAAUUAUAUUUGGAUUUGAUUGUAUA